UGGGCCCCGCACCUGCUCACCGGCCGGCCCUGUCCUCCCUCCCCGCAGUGACUCCCUGACAGCCGUCGCCGUGAAAAGAGGACGCGCCGCCAGCCCGCCCGCCAGGAGAAGCGGAGAUGGACGUCCCAGGGGAAAACGACAUUCUCCUCUUGGCUGAUGAAAAAUUUGACUUCGAUCUUUCGUUGUCUUCUUCAAGUGCAAAUGAAGAUGAUGAGGUCUUCUUUGGACCCGUUGGGCAUAAGGAAAGAUGCGUUGCUGCCAGCUUGGAAUUAAACCAUCACAUUCCUGAAGAACCUCUCUUGUCAGCCUCAGAAAGUCACUUCACCUGGAGUCCUCUCACUGGGGAAAAAUUUGUGGAAGUGUAUAAAGAAGCCCACUUACUGGCCUUACAGAUAGAAAGCAAGAGCAAAAGCAAGGCAGCCCAAGAUGUCACAGCUGAAGACCUUUGGAGCCAGGGCGUGGAAAGAUUUAUACAGGAAUCGAAAUUAAAAAUAAGCCUAUUUGAGAAAGAAAAUGAAAUGAAGAAAAGCCCCAGGUCACUUAAGAGGGAGACCUAUUAUCUGUCAGACAGCCCCUUGCGGGGCGCGCCACUCCUGGGAACCCAGACCCCCUCUGGUGUGGCCCUCCCGAGGGCUCCCGCCCAGACACAGAGACCGCCAUGUUCGUCCCGCUCUUCUCUGCCAGCGGAACCAAGUACUGCUCACCCUCCACACCAGUCAGGGACUCAGAAAAAGGUCAUCAGCAAAUUGGUGCAGCCCCGGGCUUUUUCUGUGAGAGGGAAGAACAUUCCUGUGGCCACGGAGCAGCCUAUGAAAAGGAUAGCAGCCAGUCCUUCCCAGAUGAAAAUCCUCACUGAAAAGGAACCCCGCAGGGAUGCGGCCCCUGACAAGUCCAGUGUGGCCCAGGACCCCGCCAGCCUCCCGGCUGGGGGAAACCACUCAGUCCAAGGCAAGCGAUCGCUCCCGGUUCCGAACAAGUUGGGACUGAAGAGAACCCUGUUGAAACCACCUGGCUGUGCUGGCGGGCUCUCAAGAAAGUCUUCCUCGGGGUCCAUACUACCCUCGAUUUCCAGCGUGGGUGCUUCUCCAGCAGCUGGCAGAGCUAGAUCCGGCGAGCCUGCAGGGAUUGCCACAGGCGCUUCCCCGCCGCCGUCACACCGCAGCCAGCCGGGCAGGAUGGGACCUGCCGGGCCGCGGCAGCCUCUGCAGGCCGGCCCCUCCGGUGCCACCUGCAGGCAGAGCAGGUGGGCUGCGGCCGCUGGGGCGCUGGCGGAGCCGGCCAAGGAGCCCCCCACAGCGGCUCUCGCCCAAGCCUCGCCGCCAGGACAGGGAGGCCCUGGGCCGAACUCCGGCCCCACCUGGUCACAGCCCUCUCCGCUGACAGCAGCUGGGAGCACAAGAAGGCGUGACUCCUACCUACUCUGUGGGACGUGGGCCGUGCCCACCCCUACAAGUCAGUUUAAGAUCCCCAAGUUUGCUACUGGUGAGCCCCCGGACAGCGCGACACCGAGGUCCUGUCGAGCACAGAGGCCGCAGUCCUGCACAUCGGUGGGGAGGGUGGUUGUCCAUAGCACUCCUGCUAGACGCUCGUCAGUGGCGGCCCCGCAGAGCCUUGGAAGCUGUACAAGGACCCCCUUGAGUAGGAAGCACGUGUCAGCCCUGCCCACACCUGCCAGCCGCCGGCUCUCUGGCCUUCCAGUGAUGACCCCUAAAACCGUGCCCAGAGCUCUGGCUUCACCUCUGUGCGUGUCCGCCCGGUGGCUUUCUUCUGAGCCCCGGAGAAAGUCUUCAGUGAGAGCUGCACCAACGCAGAGGAACAGCAUCGAGGCCACCUCUGGGCGCGAGGACUCGUCACCUGAGGGGCCUUUGUCCCCUCCGUCGGCCGUGCCACAGGCACUUCACUUUUCUCCAGAGGAGAGGGACUUGACUUUUACAAAAAGCAUCGGCACGGAAGUAGCGCUGGAUGCGGCCCAGCCCCCUGGAGACGCGGCCGCCAGUGAGGCUCUUCUCGUGGAUCUCAGACUGGACCAGCUGGCCGUCACCCCGCAAGCUGAAAGCACAGCCCCCCUCGACGUCCCUCUCAUUGACUUUUGUAAUAGUCCGGAGGCGCACGUGGCUCUGGGAUCUGACCGUGGACCGCUGAUCGACCUGCUGCUCAACACUCCAGACAUGGACGGGAACACUGCGUCCAAGGCCCCCCAGGAGGUGGGACAGCUGAUCGACUUGGCUUCUCCUCUGAUCCAGCUGAGCCCUGCGGCUGACAAGGAAAACGUGGAUUCUCCACUUCUCAAGUUCUGAGGAGAACACAGUCUUUUGCGUUUCAUUCUUUCUAAAAGAAUCUUCAGUCCUAAGGUGGUUUUCAACCCUUAGAAAUAAAUCUUAGGAGAAGUUGUACUGGGGGGAAAAGCCAACCUUCGGUAAGGGUCCUGUGCCUGGAGGGGUUGCUGCGGGUGGGGGUGUGUUUGUGGCU